AUGGCCAGACAAGAUGCCACAAUGAGAAAUCUUAAAAGACAAGCGGGGCAAUUGCCCAGACAACUAGCUAAACGGCCAACUAAUGCUUUUCCAAGUGAUACAAUCCCUAACCCAAGGGAGGAAUGUAAAGAUGUGCAGUUGAGAAGUGGCAAGAUAGUUGGAGAAUACAUUAAGGACAUCAAUAAGGAGGCAAAAAAGCCAAGAGAAGAUGACAAAAUAGACUACAAGAAUGAUAAAGAGGCACAACCCUCUAAGAAAGGCAAGGAAGUCAUGAAGAAACUUGAAAUCAGCAUUCCACUGGCUGAAGCUCUGGAGCAGAUGCCAUUGUAUGCAAAAUUUCUUAAAGAGCUAAUUUCCAAGAAGAGAAGCUGGCAGGAGAAAGAAACUGUGGUCCUUACCCAAGAGUGUAGUGCAAUUAUUCAAAAGGGACUUCCACCAAAACUGAAAGAUCCAGGAAGCUUCCUUAUACCAUGCACUAUUGGAAAUAUGGCUAUUGAUAAAGCACUCUGUGACCUGGGAGCAAGUAUUAAUCUAAUGCCUCUUUUCAUGAUGAAAAAAUUAAUGAUAGAAGAGGUUAAGCCUAUAAGGAUGUCAUUACAACUUGCUGACAUAUCUCUCAAGAUACCAAAUGAAGUAGUGGAGAACCUAUUAGUGAAAGUUGGAAAAUUCAUUUUCCCAUCUGAUUUUGUGAUCCUGAACAUGGAUGAGGAAGGAAAUAACUCAAUUAUUCUUGGAAGACCUUUUCUGGCUACUGCUAGGGUAAUCAUUGAUGUUGAGAAGGGAAAAAUGGUUCUCAGGGUGCAUGAGGAACAAAUGGUUAUCAAUGUUUUCAAAGCAAUGCAAUAUCCUAUUGAGAAAGAAAAUUGCAUGAGGAUUGACAUGGUAGACACUCUGGUUGAAGAAGAACUUGAAGUAGAGUAA